AAAGUGUUUGGCAGAGUGGAAGGUUCCAGAAGAGAAGGAUGAGCGCCGUGAACAUCACCAACGUGACGGUGCUAGAUAACCCUGCUUCCUUUCUCACCCCGUUUCAGUUCGAGAUCUCCUAUGAGUGUUUGACUCCUCUCAAAGAUGAUUUGGAAUGGAAGCUCAUUUAUGUUGGAUCUGCUGAGGAUGAGACCUAUGACCAAUUAUUAGAGAGUGUCCUUGUUGGUCCGGUCAACAUUGGAAACUAUCGCUUUGUUUUACAGGCAGAUCCACCGGACCCAUCAAAGAUUCGCGAAGAAGAUAUAAUUGGUGUCACUGUGCUGCUUCUGACAUGCUCUUAUCUGGGUCAAGAAUUCAUUCGUGUUGGCUAUUAUGUGAACAAUGAUUAUGAUGAUGAGCAGCUGAGGGAGGAACCUCCACCAAAGGUCUUAGUUGACAGGGUUCAGAGGAACAUUUUAUCUGACAAACCAAGGGUCACAAAGUUCCCCAUCAAUUUCCACCCUGAGAACAAUGAAAACGAAGAGCAACCCGGUCCAGCUGAGAAUCCUUCGGAAACUAGAGAAGAUCCACUUGCUGCCGGUGAUUGUGAUCCCUCAGAUGAGAGGGAUUCUUAACAUUUUGUAGUUAUACAGGCUUUUUCAGUUCCCAGAUCUCCAACUUUACAUUGACUGUGUGUGGAUUAAGGUGGCUUUCUAUGGUAUGAAUCUCUUGUUAAUGUGAAUUAGGUUUGAAUUUUGUUGGAAGUAGGGGCUGUCUGAAGGAUUUGUUUCAAAAUACUUGUAACGUGGGGAAACCAGUUUUUGUCCAUGAAGCUUUCCAUGCGAACCCAAUUUCAUUGAUCUUCUCUUUGAUAAAUCAUAUUUUGAUUCGUAGUAUCAAAAA